CGUAACCGUACAGUACCACUCUCACAUGCCGGUUGAAAACUGAACAAGUAGUACAUUUCAUUUGUUGUUUGCAGACGCGAAAAAAAUGACUUCAUCAACUGUAGCCCUAAAGCUUUUGCCCAUUUUGACAGGACGGUUAAGCAGCUCAGUGUCACGUCACUCACGCGCAGCUGUCCGUGCUAUGUCUUGCUCUGCAGCUCGACCUCAGCUGCACAGAGUGGAGGGCACCGGGGCUCUGGCAGGGAAAGUGGACCGCUUCGGUGGCGUGACAGUGAACCUCGCUGAGAUCGGUUUACCGGCGGACAUCAGCGAGAGCUCAUUCAGCAGACUACUGCAAGAUUCUUUGCUCCAGUGGAAAGCAGAGGGCAAAGUCGCAGUGUGGCUUAGGGUGCCCAUCUCUCUGAGCCGAUGUGCUGCUGCUGCCUCCAUCCAAGGCUUCACCUUCCAUCAUGCCAAAGGUGACCACGCUGUACUGGCUCUGUGGUUGGGAGAAGGGGAGAGCAGACUACCUGGGUUUGCAACUCAUCAAGUUGGAGUGGCAGGUGCAGUUGUGGAUGAAUCAAAUGGAAAAGUUCUCGUUGUCCAAGACAGAAAUAAGACAAAGAAUGCUUGGAAGUUUCCGGGAGGCUUGUCUGACCCAGGAGAAAAUAUUGGUGUCACUGCCGUUCGUGAAGUCUUUGAGGAAACUGGCGUUCGCUCCGAGUUCAGAUCUCUGCUCAGCAUCCGGCAGCAGCACAACCAUCCCGGCGCCUUCGGCAUGUCAGAUAUGUACAUCAUCUGCCGACUCAGCCCGCUCUCCUACGACAUCAACUUCUGCACUCAGGAGUGUCUGCGCUGUGAGUGGCUGGACCUCGCAGAACUGGCCAAGACCGGCGACACCACGCCCAUCACCUCUCGCGUCGCCCGGCUCCUUCUUCAUGGCGUGGAGCGAGGCUUCCAACACAUCGACCUUGCCAUGGAGGAGCUCCCUGCUGUUUAUUCUGGGAUGUUUUAUCAGCUCUACCACAGGCAGCUACCUCCUGUACUGAAGUCCUAGUCAGCCACCACCAACUUGAUGGGGUUAGCAUAUCAUCACUAGCUAUGUCGACACAUGGAUGUCUGAAUUACUCAUAUUUAACUGUAUUUAUAACUGGAAUUAUGUUUGCUGUGUGUUUCAUACAGUAAAUGUUACUGCUGAAGAAAUUUGGUGCAAUAUACUGUGAACUGCAACAAUCUCUAUGAAUUUUAAAUCUCUGCUUUACCUGCAAGACGGCAGAGUUUUGUACUGUGUAUUUUACAUUUUUAGGCGCCCAUGUUGUCCAGAGACAUUGGACAACAGCUGCUGCCAAGAACUUAUUCAGGGUCUGUGUCAAAUUUUUUUGUACUGGCAGCUCCCCUUUGUUAAUGAUACGUGCCAUUCAGUGUUUUUGGUGCUUCAGUAUAACCAGCGACAGACUAUUUUUUAUUUUUUAUUUUUUUUCCACAGCACUCUCCAUUGCUGGUCAAUGUGACUUUUCCCUCACCAACCAAUCAAAACCAAGAGAGGAAAGACCUCUGAUAUCAGCUUUUUGUACAACAGUGGCAGAGAGAAAACUUAUAUAACUCGUCUUUUUAAGGGUACAAGAGGUCCAGAGGUGGGGUUAAUGCCAGGGCAGAAUUCAAUUACGAUGUUGUAAUUUUCUCUUGCUCGUCCAUUGAAUAAAGGGAAAUAUUUCCCCACUACUGAGGGAAACUAGAAGUAAAACUUUGUAUUCCACCAAUCCUGGUAGAAAUCACUCUCAAACAGAGGUUCCUGGUGCUGCCAGCACAGAAAAAGCAACUAAUGAACACAGACCCUUGGUUUUAAAGGUAUUAUUUUAAACUCUGCUGCCCUAACUGGAAACUGGUCACACUGUUACCAGUA